AUGCAGAAACAGAGUGUAAUGUAUCCGUCAAAAGACGCUACAGAUGCCGAGCCACUGGAUUUGACUUUACCAAAGCAUGAAAGAAUUCCUGAAUCCUCUGAAGAAUUUACCACACUUGCCCUUCAUGAAGAGAUUGGUGGGCAACUACUUAUGAAGCUGUUCCAACAGCAAAUACUGCUCUCCAUGUUACCAAAACCUGAUGCAGUUGAAACGAAAGGACGCGUUUACUGUAAAUCAAAAGAGAGGAGAAUAAAGUCGCAUUUGGAAAAGGAAGAUGUUGUGGUCAAUAUUCGAAGAUCCGAGGCAAAUGCACGCGAAAGGAAUCGUGUUCAGCACUUGGCCGAUAUGUUUGAUAGACUUCGUUCAGUAUUGCCAAUAGAAGAUGAUGUAAAAAUCUCAAAAUUAGCUACAUUAAAGGUGCGAGUUUAAAA